AGCUGAGCCCCAAACACAUGGCAUGGUAACAAUUUCAAACCGCGUGGGAUCGGUGUUAUCGUCUCAUCAUAACAGAUGACAUGGAUCCGCUAUCCAUCGCAGCCAGCGCUGCAGGGCUUGCGACUGGAUGCACCAAAAUUGUUUCCACUCUUUACACAUGGAUAGACGACACCAUCUCCGUCGAUGAAAAUGUUGCUGGUCUAUGCGACGAGAUCAAGGCCCUCGGGCGGGUGCUCGCCUCCAUCAGCAGUGCCUCUAGCUUGGCCCCGCGCCCCGUCAUGGUAGAGAUCGACCCUGAUGGGAACCUGUGGGCCGUGGUCGAGGCCACCUUGGGCGACAUCAACAACACACUCGCAAAGCUGAGCCAGCUCCUGGACGAAGUCCAAAAGAGCAGCCGUGUCUUCAGUCGAGGCUUUCUCAGGAAGCCAACAAAGCAAAUCAAGUUUGGCUUCCGCUCCAAGGAGAUUACCACAUAUAAGGACAGGGUUCAAUCAUACAAUACCGCCGUAACCAGCGCCUUGCAAAUGAUCAACGUUUGUCUCCUGAUCCACAACAACUCUUCUCAGGAUGCCGUUUUCAACGUGCUUCACGGGCUCAAGCACCAGAUUGGACGCGUCGAGAUUGCUUCGCAUCAAGCAACGCAACAAACAUUCGGCCAGACCGGGUCAAGCCACGACGCGGACGGCAACCAAAUCACACAAAACCUUCGACAGCUAGUGCGCGUUGCCGAGACUUUUCACUCCAAUGCAAGUGCAAUCACGAGGGAGGGCCCGAGGUCAACCGUCUGGGGAGGCAGCGUUCUGGGGGACCCCUUGACCAGGGAGCAAUUGUUCAAUAUCGAAAGCUGGAUACCCCCACCGAGCAAUAGUCAAGGCAGUGCCACACAAGCUAGCCCUGAUGUUGGCCCGUCGUACCGAUCGGACUCGGACUCGGACGACGAUAUCGACGAAGCUCUCCUUAAAAGGCUUAGAGAGCUUGCCGUCGAGAGCCGGGAGAAGGGAGACUACCCCAAGGCCGAGAACUUCUACCGGAAGGUCAUCAACCGCUCCGAGGCUAGCGAGUCGAGCUAUGGCCCCCAGGAUCUGGUUCGGGACAGGAUUGGUCUAGCCUACGCGUGCUUGUACCAGAGGAAAUGGGCCGACGCAGAGGCCAUCAUUCUCCCUAUCGCUAUGGAACGAAAGGUGGCUGACAUUGCAGUCUAUCUCGGUCUCCACGCGCUGGCCCUUGCGUCCGUGGCCAAUUCGGACUUCGCGAAAGCUGAUCGGUUCUGCAAACGGGCACUCUGGGGCAAGAGAAAGAUCUUUGGGAAGGAGAAUCUCUCGUGCUGGGAAACGUUGGCCUUGCUCUCCCGCAUUUGCGAAGCACAAGGCGAAAUGGAGGAGGCAGAGGCCCAUCGAACCUUCAUUCCGCCGUCGUACCAGCCAGUAUUGCACCUUGAACCCCUAGUUUAUCUCGGCGGAUAUGACAUCGGGAACCCGAAGCUACAACCACCAGCGACAUAUCCCCAGGGACCCCCGCCAUCUACCACCCAGCCCGAGGUUUCGCAACCCCGGAACGUAAUCGUGGGUGUACACUUUGGAGUCAUACAGACAGCCGUGUCUUUUGCGUUGGCUACAGAUGUUGCCGUGGAAGAGGCGGUCAUCAGUACGUGGCCAGCUGGGAGAGGGACAAAGAUCCAGUCUACAGUUCCCAGCCAUGUCUACUACGGCCCCGCCGAGCCCACCCGGACAAUAGUCGGUUGGGGCCAUGAAGUGGAGGAUGCGGUCGCCCCUACUGGAUAUACGAAGCCCGGCGUGCACAAAUCCGCGUGGUUCUUGCUGGGCUUGACCAACCCUCAGAGCUACCACAAAGACUUGACUGCCCCCGCCCCCCCAACCGGGAAAUCCCACGUCGAUGUUGUCACCGACUACCUGUCCGAGCUCCGCGAGGCCAUCUACGUCGUCCUUCGCAGCUUGUUUGACAUGGAAAAAAUACACAUCCGGUGGUGGUUUGCGAUCCCGCCCGUCUGGAACGGUAUGGGAGAAGCUCCUCUACGCGACUCGGCACACGGGGCCGGCUUUGUCCGUCGUGAUCGUGAUGAUCAAAUCUUCAUCAUCACUGAGCCAGCGGCACACCUCUUUCAGUGUUUCAAAGCCAAUCUUUUCAACCCCAAGCCAUCCGAUGCUUUCCUGGUUGUGGUUGCCGGCGGAGCAACAGUGGACUUGGGUGCCUAUAAAGCUACUCGCGGGCAUCCCUUUGUCACUGAAAGGCUAACCGCUGCCACAGGUGAUGCGUGUGGAUCGACCGCGUUGAACCGAAAUUUCAGCACCAUGUUGCAGGAAAGAGUUGGGAUGCUGAAGCUUCCAAAGGGAUCCAAAGUCGCUGCACGUACCUAUGCGAAAGGUAUGGUCGACUUCAACUCUCGAAUCAAGCACACCUUCAGCGGCGAUGGCAGCACAUGGGCCGUCCAGGUAGGCCUCGAGGCCGACUUUCCAGACGCCGGCAUUGACAGAGAGUCCGGUUGCAUGUCCGUAACGAACGAGGUUAUGCUCAGUUUCUACGACCCGGUUGUGAAUGUUGUGAUCGAGUUGAUAUCAGACCAAUUAGCGACUGUAGCGAGGCACCAUCCAACAACACGGGUCAAGACUAUUCUCCUCGCUGGCGAGUUUUCCAUGUCGGAGUAUCUUGUGAAGAAAGUGAAGCUGCGUUUUGAAACAACGUCUGUCAACGCAUUCGGUGCCGCGUUCGACGUUGCGGUGGUGAAGCCCUCGGAUGGCUUGACAGAUAUUGCUAGGGGAGCGGUGAGAGCGGGGGUUUUUCAAGCCGUUAACGACUUGUCCGAUUAGCUGUGGGGAGCCCAUCCGUGAGAUAAUAUACACGCCCACAGUACCGAUCGCUUCUUCAUGGGGCCCAGCCCAGCAAGCAAUGAUCCAGUCUCUUUUGGGCUCCGAUGCAAU